AUGUCAUCCAUUAUAGACAGGAAACCUAUCCAGUAUGAUGCUGAAGUAAGAAGACAGCGUGUUAAUGAUCCAAAAAAGAAGCAAAUGAUCCAUAUCAUUGCGAUUGUUGCUUCUGGUUUCGCUUUGAUCUCCGAUGGUUAUCAAAAUAAUGCGAUGUCUAUGUUGAACAAAUUGUUUCCUCAGCUGUAUGGGUCUGCAGAGUACAGUUCUGAAAUCUCUACUAGAGUUUCGAAUGCAUCGUUGGUUGGUACUAUUAUCGGUCAAGUAGGUAUGGGCAUUGGUUGUGACUAUAUGGGAAGAAAAUGGUCCAUCCUCACGGGUACUGUCUUGUUGGUAGUUGGUAGUUUGUUAUGCGCAGCUUCUCAUGGUAACACCGUCUCUGGUAUGUUCUGGAUGCUUACUGUGAUGAGAGGUAUGGUUGGUGUAGGUGUUGGUAGUGAAUACCCAUCUGCAUCUGUGAGUGCUAACGAAGCUUCAAAUGAGUACAGUGAAAAGCGUAGAGGUGGUUUGAUGGUCCUGGUGACUAACUUACCUCUAUCCUUGGGUGGUCCAUUUGCUUCUAUCGUUUUCUUGAUCGUUUACUCUAUCUGCGGCAAGCACCAUUUGGAAGCUAUCUGGAGAACCAUGUUUGCCCUAGGUUGUUUCUGGCCAUUGUCAAUCUUCUAUUUCCGUUGGAAGAUGGCCACUAACGAACUCUACAAGAAGGGCAGGUUUCAGUCCAAGAUCCCAUUGUGGUUGAUUAUUAAAUUCAACUGGAAACCUAUCUUGGGAACUUGCGGUGCUUGGUUUAUGUUUGAUUUCGUUACUUUCCCUAAUGGUAUUUUCAGUGGUACCAUUAUCGCAUCUGUCAUCGGUGGUACCAAGGAUUUGAAAAAGAUUUGUGAAUGGAAUUUGUUGCUGGGCAUCAUCGCCAUUCCAGGUGUCUUCGUUGGUGCUUGGUUAUGUGACCGAAUUGGUCGUAAAUACACUUUGAUCUUUGGGUUCACUGGUUACAUUAUCUUUGGUUUGAUCAUCGGUUGUGCAUACGAACAAUUAUCGAAUAUUACUCCAUUGUUCAUCGUCUUUUAUGGUCUGAUGAAUUCUAUGGGUAAUGCUGGUCCUGGUGAUAUGAUGGGUGUGACUUCCAGUGAAUCAUUUCCAACCGCUGUUAGAGGAACUUUGUACGGUUUAAGUGCUGCUAUUGGUAAAGUCGGCGCUGUCGCUGGUACUCAAUCUUUCCAACCUAUAAGAGAUAAAAUUGGUCCUCGUUACACAUUUAUCAUUGCAGCUGUUUGUGGUCUUGUCGGUAUUUUAUUUGCAUGGCUCUUUAUCCCACAUAGCCGUGAAAAUGACUUGAUGGAACUCGAUAUUAAGUUCUACAACUACUUGAUUGAGAAUGGCUGGCAAGGUAAAAUGGGUUUCGAUGAAGAUCAACAAAGUAGCACUGUCAUGUAUGUUGAAGAAGACAGUGACGAUUCUCAAUCAAAGAGAAACCCAGAGAACGACAAGAAAGAUGGAUUUGUCACUACGGUUGACCCCCGUCGUUUGAAAUUUGUAUAUAGUUCUUUAAUUAUAGAGCUUUAA